ACACUCCUUAUCAUCUCAAACGCUGUCGUUUAGACCCGUUUCACAAAUUAAAAACGACACAACCCAACCCAAACAAAGCCAAACAAUUGUAAAUUACAUUCCCAACAAACAGGGAACACCGCACCGCACCGCACCGCAUGACCAACCUCGCCGUCCCCCUCCUCCUCCUCACGGUGGCCCUAACCAUCUCCUCCGCCGCACCCACAGCCUACGAAGCCCUACGAAACUUCAACUUCCCAGCGGGGAUUCUCCCACAAGGUGUAACCAAUUACGAACUUGACGAAUCUAGUGGAAAUUUCCGCGCCGAUCUGAACGGUUCGUGCAGUUUCUCCUUAGAAGGAUCUUAUCAAUUGAGUUACAAAUCAACAAUCACGGGUCACAUAGCUGAUAACAAACUUACCGAUCUCAGGGGUAUAAGCGUCAAAGUGUUAUUCUUCUGGGUCAACAUUCUUGAAGUUGUUAGAAAAGGGGAUGCCCUUGAUUUUUCUGUGGGAGUCGCGACGGCUUCUUUUCCGUUGGAUAGUUUCUUUGUUUCUCCACAGUGCGGUUGCGGUUUGGAUUGUGGUACUUUAAGAAUAAGGAAACUUAAAUUGAAUGCAAAAAGCCCUUCUCUUUCAUCUGCUUAGAAUCAUAAUUUAGUGGCAUAAUGAAUAAAUCAUUAUGUAUGCAUAUAUGUAUGUGUCUCUGGGUUGUUUUUUAAUUUGUAAAAUUGCUAUAUAUAAUAUAUUUGUAUGUUUGUAUUCAAAGAUCAGAUUAGUAUAUCUGGCUGUGUGAAAUUAAUUGGUUUUUGAUUUUAAUGGAGAUUGAAGACCUUAGUGGUGGUAGUGGUGGUGUAUAUGCUAUGCUUGAUUAUAGAUUGGUAGAUUGGUAGUGGAUUAUGGUGAUUGAAUUGGAAUG